AUGUCAUCAGAAGUGGUUAGUAAGCUCGGAAAUUUAUUUACAUGUAAUUCAUGUAUGAUUCAAUUCAGAUCCAGUGAUAUGCAGCGAUAUCACAUGAAAACCGAAUGGCAUAGGUAUAAUUUGAAGCGAAGGAUCGCCGAUUUGCCCCCUAUCAGCGCUGAUUUGUUCGCGGAAAAGUUACAAAUAUCUGAGAGAGAAAAACAGCUUCAUGAAGUAGAUGAAUUCGGAUUUGCUAUAUUGAAGCCUCGAAACUCCGGACGCGUUGAAAGAAAACAGCGUUCAUCUCAGAAAAAUCUUACGAGAGGAAGACGGCCGGAAGGUAUAAAACAACAUGCACAUGUAAUUCGAUCGUUAUCACCUGCGUCCUCUGUGGCCUCACAAAUAUCAAAGUUUUCGAUUGAUAGCAAAAUGGAAAUUCCUACAGAUUUUGAGGAAGAGGCACAAUAUGACUAUGAUUUCACAACUGAUUCGAACUAUACCAGUGAUGAUAACACCAGUAUCACAGAUUCCACUUUCGAUGAUUACGAUGGAAUACUGGUGACUGACUGUUUAUUUUGUGGUAACCAUCAUCAAGACAUCGAGAGGAACGUUCGUCAUAUGUUUCAACACCACGGAUUCUAUAUUCCUGAGAGAUCUUAUUUGAUUGAUUUACCAGGCUUACUUGAAUACUUCAUUGAUUUGAUAGUACUUGAUCAUGAGUGUCCAUGCUGUUCUUUUGAGGGAUCAAGUUUAGAGAGCAUACGGGCUCACAUACAUUCAAAACGCCAUGCAAGGAUACCUUAUGAAACAAAGGAAGAAAGAUCUCAGUAUUCGGAGUUUUAUGACUUUUCCUCUUUAAGUAGUGUAAGACCCUCCGAAAAGAAGGAAAAAAAGACAGUAACCUUUAAAGAAAAUGAUAGCAGUGGAGAAGAGGACAAUGAUCAAAGUGAAAUUGAGUUAGAGAGCUCAAUCGAAGACGGAAUAAACUCAAAUUAUUCUGUGGCUCGCAUGGAUAAUUCCGGAGUGGAACUGACUCUUCCGACGGGUACCAGAGUCGGGCACCGAGCUAUGACGCGAUAUUAUAGGCAAAAUCUGCCAGGCCCUGCCGAUUUAUCGGACGGUAAUAGAACACUAGCAGUUGCUGAUAGAAGAUUUAAGGGAGGCGUGUCCCAUAAGUUGGUAGUUUAUGGUGAAAAGAAAGCCCAACAAGUUGAAAAACGAAUCAAUAAUAGAAGUAUUUCGCGGCAAAUGAAGAAGGGUAAUUAUCAACCUCAUUACAGGGAUGAGAUUCUUUAA